CGCCGUUUUUUCCCUGUUUUAUGAGAUCUUCUCACGAGAAUGUUCGAGUUUGUGUCAGAAUUCUAAUGGGAAGCAGAACAAUUGAUGGAUAUGGAAUUUUGAAAAUUCUGAUUGUAGAGUGUGAUCGCUCUGUGGCCAUCUCGAAGUCAAAAGCAGGUGUCCGCUUUAGGAGCCCACCACAGCGAAUUCCUCAAUCGCUAAUGAUUGUUCCAGUUGACGUUCGGUGUGUAAGGGCAGAAUCCUAGUUUCUAAGAGCUUGAGAACUGUUGAAUCCGGAAGCAAUGACGACCUCCUCCCUGCCUGCCAUCCCUCGAGUGAAGUUGGGUUCGCAAGGUCUUGAAGUUUCGGCCCUUGGGUUGGGAUGCAUGGGCAUGUCGUCCUUCUAUGGACCUCCCAAGGAUGAAGCCGAGAUGGUGAAGCUCAUCAGACACGCCGUGGAUUUGGGUGUCACGCUCUUCGACACUGCGGAUGUCUAUGGUCCGCACACUAACGAAAUGUUGGUCGGCAAGGCGUUAAGCGGCAUUCGUGAUAAGGUGCAGAUCGCAACUAAAUUCGGUCUCGUUACGUACCCCGAUGGAAGACGAGGAAUCCGUGGGGAUCCAGAGCACGUGCGUGCAUCUUGCGAGGCAAGCCUCAAGCGGUUGGGCAUCGAUUGUAUUGAUUUGUAUUACCAGCAUCGUGUGGAUACUAAGACUCCAAUUGAAGUAACGGUUGGGGAGAUGAAGAAGCUGGUGGAGGAAGGAAAAGUGAAGUAUCUUGGACUUUCAGAAGCGUCACCCUCUGAAAUUCGACGCGCCCACGCGGUGCACCCCAUCACCGCUGUCCAGAUAGAGUGGUCUCUGUGGGUUCGAGACGUGGAGAAUGGUAUCAUUCCAACUUGCAGAGAAUUAGGUAUUGGCAUUGUGCCUUACGGCCCCCUUGGACGAGGCUUCUUUGCUGGCAUCAAGCAUGAGGAGCUCGCCGACAAUGACAUCCGGAAGCUGGCGGUCCCUUUUUUCCAAAAGGAGAAUCUAGACAAGAACAAGCACCUGUUGGAGUGCGUUGCAAAGCUUGCCGAGCAGAAGAAGUGCACAACGAAUCAGCUGGCCUUGGCGUGGGUGAUGCACAAGGGUGCAGGGCUUGCAGUCCCCAUCCCUGGAACCACAAAGGUGGCGAAUCUGGAGUCGAAUGUGGGUGCUGUGGGCGUGCAUCUCACUGAGGAGGAGAUGCAGGCCUUGGAAGCAGCGGUGCCGAUGGAGCAAGUAGCCGGCACCAGAAUGGCUGGCCCCAUGAUGAACUCUUUAUGGCACUUUGCUUGCUCUCCUCCCCUCUCAAUGCCUGCCUGAGCAACCAAUUCUGCUAUUUCCCUUCACGUAUGUGUCUAUUUACUUGGUAGAAAUAAGAAUAGAUUUGCAACUAUUGCAGAUUUUCAAGAGAUUGUUAAUACUUUUAGGGCAAAAUUCUUUACAUGUCACCAAUUGUAGUUUGAGGUUCAAACUCCUUUGGCACUUCUUCAUGGUGGAUGUUCUAUGUUCUAACUUAAGUAUUUGCAUUGUUAUUAUACCAACUAAAAUAAAACAUAACUAAUUUGCUCUUUUUGUCAA